AUGUCUCUCCAAGAGCCGGCAGCCGGGCGAGGCAGCCGAGGCAAGCAGUCUGUUCGGUCCUCAGGUGUUUUUUGGUUGCAUGCUCCACAGGCUCCGUUGCAGUCUGAAGGCGUUCCGGAGGACAGUAUUGAGGGCGAUACGGUGCGACCGCCGCCAGAAGGCAGCGGCUCUGCUUGGGGGACUGAGGCGGAGGCAAGCAUUGUCGCAGAUUCCGGAGGCACCCGCGAUGAAGGUCGAUCGUCAGGCAACCUCUCGGUGUGUCAAAAGGUGGCUCACACGGCCUUCUCGGUCGUCAAACAGACGCAUUUGAUUGUGAUGGGUAUCCUGAUUGCCGUGCUGGACAACAUGCCGUACGCGACGCUCCUGUUUCCAUCGAGUUACGCGUACCUCGUACCCCUCGGGGCAACCGCGAUUUUGACCACGACUGCUGUAAGCCAGGUCGUGAUGGCGCUGUUCUCUGUGUUCCCUUUCGCUGUGGGAGCCUUCACAAUUGAAAACGUCCCUUUCCUGAAAUGCAUCAGCGUUGCGGCCAUUCAGAACGCCGCUGCAAAGGGACUCAGCGAUGAGUGGGUUGUCAGUACGAUUCUGAUGUGCUGGAUGGUUGCCUCCUUUCUGACCGCUGCGACAUUCUAUUUUCUUGGCGCGCUGAAGCUCGGGCGCGUCGCGGACUACAUUCCGAACACCGUGCUGCUCGGAUGCAUCGGCGGCAUGGGCCUCUUCAUGGUGAGCGCUGCGCUGGGCGUCGCCGCAGGCUGCGAGUGGGAGUGGAACUCCGAAACCUUUGCAACGGUUCUGUCCGCGUCUGCUUUCCCUUGCGUCUGCCUCACACUGCUCGUGGAGGUGAUUUUGAUUCUCGCAGAGGUCAAGUAUGCGAGUCCCACGUUCACACCCAUCUUCUUGCUUGCCUUUCCUGUGAUGUUCUACGCUGCCCUCUUCUUUUUCGGCAUAUCUGUCGAACGGGCGAGAGAGUCGGGAUGGAUUUUCGGCUGGGCAACCACUCCUGGAGCUGCUGACGAGGAGCAGCCGUCGCCCCUGGUGGCCUCCGCCUUCAGCGCCGCUCCGCUUGGCGACCUCGGCGCCUCCGUGGCGCUGCCUACAGAAGCUGUUGGACGCACCGCCGCGUCUGCGCGGCUGCAGGACUCCCACCCUGCUGGACUGAGCAGCGGCGGGAAGCCUGCAAACACUGCUGACCAGCUUAGCAUUUAUUCGCAGUUUUCGAUUGGAUGUGUGGACUGGCACUGCGUACUGUCCCAGGCGCCCUCCAUAAUUGCAAUAGUUGUGUUUUCUGUGUUGCAUGCACCCAUCAACGUUCCGUCGCUGACGCUCACUUCUGGCAUCCCUUCCUCUCUCGACUACGAGCUGAAAGUCCACGGCCUAGCCAGUCUGGCCGCGGCGCUCACUGGCGGGCUGCAGUGCUAUAUGACGUACUCAACAUCCACGCUUUUCUGGAAGUGUGGCGUCCGAGAGCAUGCCGCGUCUCUGUUCGUGGGCCUCGGGACGAUUGCCUUGCUUUUCACUCUGUCGCCUAACGUGAUUCUAAUAUAUUUCCCCCGACCUGCUGCGGCGGUGUUUAUGUGCCAUGUUGGCGUUGUUCUGGUGAACGACGGGCUGAUUGCGAGUCGAAGCAUUGUCUCCUUUGCUGAAUAUGUUGUGAUCAUCAUUACCGCUGCCGCCAUGCAGAGUGCUUUCACCGAUGGCCUCAUUGUCGGGCUCGGCCUCUCGGCCGCUCUCAAGGUAUUUCAUGUUGUCGUGGCAGCCAUGAGGAGUCGACGCUGGCUUUCCUGA